AUGAUACGAUCAAUUGAAUUGACAUUUCCUAUUCGAACGUCAUCUGAUCUUCGUGAUUUAAUUACGAAAUUACUUCGUGGAAAUUCAACUGAUCGAUUACCUUUGAAAGAUGUUGCAAAAUAUGUUUGGAUAUUAAAAAAUGCAGAUAUAGCUGCUAUUGGAGAUAGCAAUAUUAAACGAAAGAAAAUAUUAAAUAGAGAGAAUUAUAAUUUCAAUAUUCUAUUUAAAUAUUUCGACUUUAUUUUACCAAUUAGUGAAAAUAAAUGUGAAAAACUUAAAUCAUGUCAACAUCAUAUUUGUGAUUUAAUUUGUCAUCCACGAGAAUGUCAACCAUGUGAUCAAUUAAUUAAACAAACAUGUUUAUCACAUGGAACUGAACGUGAAGUUUUAUGUACUAAUGAAACUGGUGGUACAAAAACAUUUACAUGUGGUGAAUCAUGUGGAAAAUUACUUUUAUGUGGUCAUCAUAGAUGUACAAAAACAUGUCAUGAUGGACCAUGUCCAGAUUGUUUAUCAUUACCAGAAAAUUGUAAAACAUGUACUUGUGGAAAAACAAUUAUGGAUAAUCAACAACGAUCAUCAUGUAUUGAUCCAUUAGCAACUUAUGAGAAAUUAUGUGAAAGAAUUCUAUCAUGUGGCUCGAUCGAUGAUCCUCAUCAAUUUUUAACUCAAUGUCAUAAUGGACCAUGUCCAUCAUGUAGUACACAAUUAAUUCUUCAAUGUCGUUGUGGAAAAUCAAGUAAAUCAAUAUCAUGUAUAGAAGCAAUAGAACAUGAUCCAAUAGAAAAUUCUUCGUCGAACAUCAUCAGAUGUUGA